AUAAGAGUUGAUACAUUACUGGAAAAUUACAGAGAGGUCUCAAGAAAAUGGCUUUGGUGAAUAGAUUAGAGAUGCUCCUGAAUGCUUGGGUAACUGACAAGUCAGAUGGUAUUCAACCAUUUCAGAAGGUACUGAAAAGAGAGAUGCUUGCCUCUUGGGUUCCAUCCCUAAGUAGAAGUGAAAUCGCAUGUUGGAACACAUCAAGGCUUUCCUGAAGGGCUUGGGAAGGUGAGUGUGAUCAUGGGGACAGUUUGCUUCAGAGGAGUCUCAGGUUCCUUCUGCGAUCUUCUAGAGCCCUUGGAACCUCACUCACACCUCCUCCAUGUGCCAGAGCUGAGGAACCACUGAGUGGAAGUCUGAGUCUGACCAUUGUUGCAUCAGGGCAUGGCUGUGUUGUUGCUCUAAAUUCCAUAGUCUCUCCCUUCUCCCUGAUGCUGCCCCUCUCUUUAGGUGGCUGUGGAAGAACUACCAACAUGGGCUGGCCUUCCACUUUGCCAUGUAGGAGAUCAAUAAGGACCCCCAGCUACUCCCCUGCAUGACCUUCAGUUUCCAACUCUACAAUUCUGUUACCAGUGACACGCUGAGGAGUACUGUGUACUGGUUGACUGGAAAGCAUCAUCUCAUCCCUAUCUACAUCUGCCAGACACAAGGCAAGACGGUUGCCAUCAUUGCUGGAACCACAUCAGCAUUUUCAGCUGAAACUUGAAUGGUACUGGAGCUGUACAAAACCCCACAGCUUCAUCCAAUCCUGAGGAAAAUCCAGUUUACAAACCGUGCUGGAGAUGAUGUGUCUUUCCAUGAAACAAGACACCAUGUGGUACAUUAUGAUAUUCAGAACAUUGUAAAUUUUCCUGCUGGAUUUCGGUUGCUGGUUAAAAUUGGAGAGUUUUCCUCUAAGAGUCCACAUGACCAAGAUUUGCUGAUCAAUGAAGACAUUAUAGAAUGGCCUGUUGGAUUCAAAAAGACUCCUCAAUCUGUGUGUAGCCAGAGCUGUGGUCCAGGAUUUCGGAAAAUGUCACAGGAAGGAAGACCUGUCUGUUGCUAUACUUGUGUUUUUUGUCCAGAGAGAGAUGUUUCCAAUCAGACAGAUGCAGAACAGUGUAUCCAGUGUGCAGAGCAUGAGUAUCCGAACAUGGAGAGAAGUCACUGCCUCCCCAAGCUAAUGACCUUCUUAGCCUUUGAGGAUGCCCUGGGGAUGGCUCUGGUUUGCAUGGCUCUGUGCUUCUCUGUAACCACAGCUGCAGUUUUGGGAGUCUUUGUGAAGCACCGAGACACUCCCAUCGUCAAGGCCAAUAACCGGUCUCUCAGCUACAUCCUGCUCAUCGCACUCCUCCUGUGCUUCCUGUGCUCCUUACUCUUCAUUGGCUGUCCCAACACAGCCAUCUGCCUCCUCCGACAAAUAACAUUUGGUCUUGUGUUCACGGUGGCUAUUUCUGCUGUGCUGGCCAAGACCAUCACUGUGAUUCUGGCUUUCAAGGUUAUGAAACCUGGAAGAACAAUGAGGCGAUUGCUUGUAUCUGGAGCUUCUAACUUCAUCAUUCCCAUCUGUUCCUUGAUCCAACUAGCUCUCUGUGGCAUCUGGUUGGGAAUCUCUCCUCCAUUUAUUGAGUUAGAUGCAUAUGCUGAGCCUGACCACAUCAUCCUGGUGUGCAACAAGGGCUCAGUCACUGCCUUCUACUGUGUCCUGGGCUACCUGGGUUCCUUGGCCCUAGCGAGCUUCACUGUAGCUUUCCUAGCCAGGAAUCUGCCUGACACUUUCAAUGAAGCCAAGUUCCUGAUGUUCAGCAUGCUGGUGUUCUGCAGUGUCUGGGUGACCUUCCUGCCUGUCUACCACAGCACCAAGGGGAAGGUCAUGGUGGCCGUGGAGGUCUUCUCCAUCUUGGCCUCCAGUGCGGGACUCCUGGGGUGCAUUUUUGCCCCCAAAUGCUACAUUAUUCUUAUAAGGCCUGAAAAGAAUUCUCUGAAAGGCUUAAAGAAAAGAGCAAGUUCUAAGGGAUUCUAAUAUUUUUCUGCUUGUUUUGUUGUCACAUUUUCAGAGUUUGGUGCCAAAACCAAACUGAUAUAACAUUCCAUAUAUAUAAAAUAACUAAAAUUAACUUUUCCUUUGAAAAUGACUUCUAGGUAAGACACUUAGCCUAGCAGAUUACAUGGGAUCAGUUUCUGGCUCUGACUCCUGGCCUGUACUUUUGACUCUUGGGGACCCUGGAAGGAAGUGGUGAUGGAUUAUGGAACUUGGUUCUGUCCACACAUAUGAGAAUCCUGGUUUGACUCCCUAUUUUGGGUCUAGCCACAGCCUAAGUAUAGGCAUUUGGGGUGUAGAAGCAUGAGGUAUAGAAUGAGAGGUGUCUAUGCCUCAGUAGUCACUAAUGUUCUGGCAGCCAAUAUCAUACUGAAUGGAGAGAAGCUGAAAGCAUUUCCCCUCAGAUCUUGAACACAAUAGGCAUGUCUACUUUCAACAUUCUUAUUCAGUACAUAACUUGAAGUGUUGGCAGGAGCAAUUAGGGAGGAGGAAGAAAUAAAGGGCAUCAAAAUUGGAAAGGAGGGGGCCAGCACUGUGGCAUAGCAGGUAAAGCCACCCCCUGCAGUACUGGCACUGCCAUAUGGCACUGGUUUGAGAUCUGGCUGCUCCUCUUCCUAUCCAGCUCUCUGCUAUGGCCUGGGAAAGCAGUGGAAGAUGGCCUAAGUUGUUGGGCCCCUGCACCCAUGUGGGAGACCUGGAAGAAUCUCCUGGCUCCUGGCUUCAGAUUGGUGUAGCUCUGGUCAUUGAUGCCAUUUGGGGAGUGAACCAGCGGGUGGAAGAUCUUUCUCUUUCUGACUCUC